GUUUGCCUAACGCAAACUGCGGUAUAUUCAAUGGGUGGCUGUCCGUGACUCUCCAUUCCCGAGGUGAACUGAAUGAUUCCAAUAGAACUUCUGCACCUCCCUAUCUCCGCUUGCUUCGGCUCGGCGGAGGAUAAAAUCGCUAUUCCACACAGUCAGGGCUUGUUCAUUCUGACUCCCAAUCUUGCCCUUGGUCAGGACCCAGCUUCUCAACCAGCAUGUUUGAGCGAUGUUCACGUCAAAGCAAGGUUCACAUUACCGAUUACCUUGGCCGAAUCAGUGUUAAAAGAGGGAAUAGAUACUCCCGACAUAUCACGCCUUGCCUUUGCAGAAUCUUCAACGAGGGCAGCUAUUUUCCCUGUCGAAGAGAUCCACCGAGAUUACGUACAACCCCGAAAAGGUGCUCGAAGUCUAGACUGGAGUCCGAGGAAUGUUGAUCGUUUUGGAAGGAGCGUCUUUUGUGUUGUUACUUUGGAUGGUCGAGCCGCCAUCUAUGGACCUAAAAGUGCUGACGCAUGGGAGGAGCUGGUCGAUUUGACACAAGUUUGGCAUGCUUACUACAUCGCAAACGGACGAAUAACCAAGGAAGCUCCAACCCUGACGGACGAACGUCCUCAGUUCGACCCCAGCCGGAUUGCUACGAUAGCCGAUAAUCCGUUGACUUGUAACACGAUACCAGGAUACCUGGAUGCUAUCGAUGAUAUGAAUUUCGUCGCGUGUAGUUGGUCCGCACUUUCACGACGACCAGAUUCAUCCCUGCCUCCUGCAAGCAGCUUCCCAAGUGCACCAAACCGAUCUCCAUCGGGCAACGGCACAAAAAAUGUUGCACCAGUUAUCCUUCUGGCUACGCUGCUGAAAUCUGGCGCGAUCGCUGUUUGGGCCGUUCAUCUGCCACUGGUUGGGGUAUCUUCGAUCUCCCCAAUGUACAUCGACUACACCUAUGCAACCUCAAGAUCCAAGAUGCCUGGGGUAGAUGGAAGAAAGUCUGUUUUCCUCAAGUUCUGUGACCUGGAUGCUACACAAUUGGUUUCUGAGAAGGGAUUUUUAAACAAACUUUUCUGGUUGAAUUUUCACUUUCCACUUCCGCAAUUGAGCUUUGUGUUCUUUCUCACUCCUUCAUCAGGUAUGUUGACUAUAGUGUUGUCAGAUGGUAGCGUGGUCGGUGCCUUGUACGAUCUUCAUUUCUCCUCAGAUGGUUCUUUCUGGAUGCAACUGGCGGCGUUCGAUUCAUGCUUAUUUUUGCGUCAACGUUCUACAUUCUUCCUCCCAAUCCUUCAGUCCCACAGGGUGUCGCUGAACGCACGCUCAAUUAGUUACACACCCGUCAUUGCCUGCUCCUGGUCUAUGUCCGAUGGUAUGCUUUGCUUAGGCUAUGGGACGCAUCUUCUGGUGGCAGCAGUCAAAGUCGUGGUUCGUGAACAUACUCUACGUCGAAUCGGUGGUGUUUUAGUUCCAACCUACCAGGUUUUGUAUGACCGCGUUUUCAAACCCAAGUACACGUGCGGCUGUAUAACAGGUGUCCAUUAUACCGAUAAACGGGUGUAUGUCACAACGAUUGAUGGAUACCUCGCAACUGCUCUUCUUGAAAAUCCGGAUCAAGUGGCACCAGAAUGGGAAAUUCUCUGGUCCUCAUCGAGCUGUCGUGACCCCGAACUACUCAUGUGGGAAUUUCAUGGCCUGGCGAUGUCUUGCAAUGGUGUCAACCUGGCUUUCGUUGAAAAACCCAUCAAUUACUUGGACAACAUGCGCCGGGUAGGCCAGGCUGUAUAUUUACCACAGGUCCGGUUUCUUUCAAUGUGGACUAGCGCGAACCUGCUUGAACUAGCCUUCAAUUUCAAGUUGCCCCUCCAUCGCAAAUUAGACGCUUUGCAACAGCUGUGCUACCGAUGGCCUGAUGGUGUCACAUCCGUACGCAAUGAAUGUCUCCAACGUUCAGGAUUACUGGAAGUUCAGCUCGGGGAUGACGGUUUACCAAACUCUUGGAUUAAUAAGCCCCUCCCUUGUUUGCAUUUGUACAGAUUCAUACUGCAGUUGUUACGAAGAGAUGAAGACGAGAAUACUCAAAAGAAAGCUUCCGAGCUUCUAUUCGUUCUUGAUGAUUUAAUCAGGGAUCUCCAUCUGGAUCGUUGCUUUCGUCGGUUUCUUGAGAGCUCUGUUCAACGUCAGGCUGUUGAUUGUAUUCUCGUGGCUCGUAUGGCAAUAGUCAUCCUUGACUGGUAUAAACGGAACUCCGAAUCGGCGGACAACGCGAACUCUGCGGACGGAGGUGCCAUUCAGCCGGCGGAACCUGCACCACGUUGUGUACUACCUACUCUACGCAAGACUGCUGAACAAGUCCUGAAUCUCGCUCGUCAGCUGUACCUACAUCGAUUCAAACUUCCAGCAACAGAUCUUCCAUCGGGUUCCGCAAUUUGCCCUGUGUGUUCAGAAGAUAUCCUUUUCGGGUUAUUUUUGCUGUUCUGUGCACGGUUUUUGGAUUGCUUGUCCAACUUGCAUCCACCUAUGAACUGGCGCAAUUUUUUUUUGUCACUCACAGGUCAAGAUCACCUACCAUCCCAGGACUUGUUCGCUUUGAAUGCCCUAAUGGACAUAUUUUUGGUAAAAGCCGGUCCCCGAUGGGUCGUCGAGGACGGAAUGAAUCUGUCAGCUAUUCGCGAGGUAAAAGCUCUGAAGGAGCUUGAUCAUCCAAAUAUUCUCACGGUUCUCGAUGUGUUCAGUCAGGAUCGGUGCAUUUGCAUGGUAUUCGAUUUCAUGGCCUCCGAUCUCGAGGCACUGGUUCACGACUACACUGUGGUUCUUGUCCCGGCUCAUAUCAAAGCACUCAGUUUACAGUUAUUACGCGGAGUUGAAUACCUUCACGCCAGCUGGAUACUGCAUCGUGAUCUGAAGCCGAACAAUCUAUUUCUCAGUUCUCAGGGGAAAGUGAAAAUUGGCGAUUUUGGAUUGGCUCGUCAAUUUGCCUGCUCACCCACUCGACCAAUGACACAUCAGGUUGCCACACGGUGGUAUCGCGCACCGGAGCUGUUCUACGGCUGUACUCAAUACGGUGUGGCCAUUGACCUGUGGGCCGUCGGUUGUAUAAUUGCUGAAUUCCUACUCCGGGCUCCUCUCUUUCCUGGUGAUUGUGAUUUGACACAGUUGAGCAAAAUUUAUGAAAUUACUGGUACUCCAGCGGACGACACGUGGCCGGACGUGAGACGACUUACAAAUUACGUGCAUUUUGAGUAUCGUCCAGGCAUACCAUUUUCAAAAAUCUUCACAGCUGCUGGAUCUGAUUUAAUCGAUCUGCUAGAGACCCUACUUGCUCUAAACCCUGAUAAGCGAGGCACAGCCAGAUCCGCCCUGGCUUCCCCCUAUUUCGCCAACCGACCUUACCCCACACCAGAUGACGAGCUUCCUCAGCCAAAGGUCAACCGGACAGUUGCUGGCCUGCUUCAUCAACACGAUCACCAGCGGGAUCUCCAGAACCCUCUUGAUCCUGGCCAAAUGAAGACAUCUGUUCUACUCAGUCCAAACGCCUCGACCACACCGAUAGCAUCUACUCGAUCCCUUCGAUCGCGCAGAGCAAAUGAUGAUUCUCAGACCACAGACAGAAAAGACGAUAUCCCGGCCGCGAAACGACUACGUUUUUAGUGAAUUUUU